UGUUUAGAUGUGUUUCCUGGUUUGGCAAGGGAGGGAAAGUAUUCUACCAGCAAUAAAGUUUUGUGGAGACUAUUCAGUAUUCAGAGUCCCGAAUUGUCACACCAGACAUCUGCCGCGCGAAUUCUGUUGAAGAGUAUGAUACCUGAGACUAGAAUGACAACAUGAUUGCAAUCAUGGAAACCAGUUAAGCCGCCUUCAUGUUGUUUUGCACCUGGCAAACUAAACGCUCUGUCUUCCUCGUACGAUUAACACAAGUUUUGUGCUGAAAAUUGCACAGUACAUUGCAAGUAGGGUUGCCUGCCACAGAAUCGUGAAUGGGUGUGCGUGCGGCUGCGGUUGGUCCCUCUCUGCGUGAAAUUGAAGCUAGUUUACUUAGUGUACUUGUGGUAUCCAGGGUUUUUUAACAAAGAAAAGGCAAACGUUUGCAAUUUUGGAUAAAUUGGGUAAAAAUCACCCCAAGGUCGUUUUUAGGCAAACUGCAAAAACAAUGAUCACCUACGAUCUACCUUCGCUUUUUAUCAGCAUUUUGAAAUGUUGACACAUUUCCACAUUUUGUUACACGUUUAACAUUUAAUAACAGUUUAAGUUAGUAUAGACUGACAAAAUGUUAUGAAUCCAUCGAUUCUUGAGACUUGACAGAAAUACCAAGCUUUAUAAUCAUCGCAAGUAUUACUCUUAGCUGUUUCCAAACAUCCACUUUGGUAUAUAUUGGGAAAACUGUCCUUUCCGGUAAAACAGUUAUCGAUCUUAUCUGCUGUUUAAGCGUGCAUUACCCACUGCUUUGUAUUUAAUUAUGAAGAGUUUCAGAUCUGUGACAAAUUAAAGACGUCUUCACUCGGUCUAUUCAUGUACGUACAUGAAACUUGUGCAAGACUUGAAUCUGAAAACCAAGGCCAAUAAUUAUCGAUCAGGAAUGAGUCACUGCGUUAGCUGGAAUGAUCAGUAGGCCCACUUUGUGCCGCACGAUGGCAUGGAACUAGCUCCAGUCCAUAGGCUAGAUCAUAGGUGAACGCAGUCGUUGUUUGGCCUGUUGAAGUUAUUAGCUGCCUAAGCAUGGGCGUAUCUGUUGCGUAACGUCUCUCUAUACAUGAGUCCAGGGAAUCAAUAAGGAUUCAUAGGAAGUUGGACAAGCAGUCAACUGAGCCAAGGCGUACCCCUCCCAAACACUUUUGUGAACCUUUUUGACGAGAUAAUGCAAUUUGCAUAACCAUGGUAUAGUGUCAAUAGGUUUGGUAGCGUAGGUGUGUGCCGUAGGCCUACGUGUAGUUUACUGCACAGUUUGGCAUCAGCGAGCUGCGUGUAGUUAUUCCAUUCAGUUACAGCAAAUCGGUGGCCCUGACCCAACUAAUUUCAAUAAUAGCAUUUAUGGGGAAUCACAACCAAAACAACUGUUGCAUGCAGCGUCAAGUAUAAAAAGCAGUGUUGAAUCAUGACAAGCAGCGGAGUUCUGGAACAGCACCGAAAACUGGGACUGCGGAAAAAUGUUGACUUUCAAUGUCAAUCCGUCGAGCUAGAGGGUACAUCUGAACACGUAAGGGUCUCCACGCUGCUGCCAGAUGGGAAGCCUAUCUCGCGGUUUUUUGAAGGGGUCGAGUCACUCCACGACUGUUUCAUGCGUGGUUUAAAACUCUCUGCUAAGAAUCCUUGUUUAGGAUGGAGGCCCAAACCUGAUGCUCCCUAUAGCUGGACUACAUACGAAGAGGUUUACCUGCAAGCCAGAAAUUUUGGCUCUGGCCUAAUCAAGAGCGGCACGCCGGCAGGGAAUUCUACUUUCAUCGGCAUCUACUCCCAGAAUAGGGUGGAGUGGGUGGUGACCGAGCAGGCUUGUAACAUGUAUUCCAUGGUCAUUGUGCCACUGUAUGAUACGCUGGGACCGGACGUGUGUCAGUACAUCGUUAACCAAGUUGAGUUGACACUCGUUGUGUGUGACACGACGGCAAGAGCCCAGCUGUUACUGGAUAAAGCGGCAGAUAUGCCCGGGCUGAAGAAGAUCGUUCUGGUGGAGGAGGCUACAGAUUCGGUUGUGGCGAAGGCUGCAGAAUGCCAGAUCGAGAUAGUACGCUUUGGAGAUGUCCUGGAGCUUGGUGCCAAUAAUCCGCAGGAGAAAGUGCCACCGAGCUGGGAAGACCUUAGCACACUGUGCUACACAAGCGGUACAACGGGCAACCCGAAAGGCGCCAUGCUAUCACAUGGCAAUAUAGUGUCGUCUGUCAGUGGCAUGUUUGCUGUGGCUGGGGUCAAGAAUUUGCUUGAGUUGUACACGGAUGAUGUGCAUAUAUCUUAUCUUCCUCUGGCUCACGUCUACGAAAGGUUUACACAGGCUUGCGUCUUCGCGUGUGGUGCACGCCUGGGCUUCUAUCAAGGAGAUCCGAAGAAGCUUGUGAGUGACAUAGCGGUGCUGAAGCCCACCUUGUUUGUCUGCGUGCCGAGAGUCAUGAACAAGAUUUAUGACAAGGUAACUAAUGGAAUUGCCCAAAAAGGAUGGCUGACGAACUUCAUCUUCAGAACGGCACUCCGCAAGAAAAUUAAGGAAAUGGAAAGUGGUAAAUUUGUCAAUGACGGCAUGUGGGACAGGCUGAUGAAAAAAGUCAGGAACCUUUUAGGCGGCAGAGUUCGCUUCAUCACCACUGCAGCUGCCCCGGUUUCCCACGAUGUUAAGAUGUUUUUCAGAUGUGCCUUCGGUGCUCUGUUUACGGAGGGAUACGGGCAGACGGAGAACGGAGGAAUGGCCACAUCAAGUUAUUUCCGAGAUAUUAGCCCCGGUCAUGUUGGGUCACCUUCUGUGAAUUUCCUCUUCAAGCUUGUUGAUGUGCCCGAGAUGGACUACUACGCUGACAAAGAUCAGGGCGAGAUUUGCUUGAAAGGGUCUGGCGUAUUCAAAGGGUAUUUCAAGGACCCAGAGAAGACUGCGGAGGCUAUCGAUGCUGAAGGAUGGCUCCAUACCGGUGAUAUAGGGCAAUGGAUGCCCAGUGGACAGUUGAAGAUAAUUGACCGGAAGAAGCACAUAUUUAAGAUGGCGCAAGGCGAGUACAUUGCUCCCGAGAAGAUCGAGAACAUUUAUAUCAGAAGCGAAUACGUGGCUCAGUGUUUCGUGCACGGCGACGGUUUGCAGUCUAGCCUUAUUGCCAUUGUUGUCCCUGACGAGGAGGUGCUACCAAAGCUUGGCAAAACCAAAGGAAUUCCGGGAGAUUUCAAGCAGUUGUGCGCCAAUGAGACUAUCAAGAAGGCGAUCCUCGAUAGCAUGCAGAAAGUUGGGAAGGAAGCCAAACUGCUAAGCUUCGAGCAGGUGAAAGACAUUUAUGUGGAGUCUGAGCUGUUCAGCAUUGAGAACAACCUGCUCACCCCCACGUUCAAAUCGAAGCGUCCAGUUCUGAGGAAACACUACGCUGUCCAGAUAGAAGCGAUGUACAAGCAAGCCCAGUUCAGCAGGAUGGACAGCGUGCCUUACGACACGCAGAAGUAAUAACAGAAUGGAAGAAAGCGUUCGAUUAAGCAAAAGACUUCACUUUCCUCAUUAUGCACUUUGUGAAAACACAUUUUGAAAGUUCAUAAUAGCCGAAUAUUAAUAAUUCAGAGAACUCUGAUUAAUUGAAUGACGCAGUGGAUGAACGAUGUGAUGGCCUUAUAGAAACAUGAAGGUGAAUAACCUUCUACCCAUUUGUCCAGUUUGAAACAAAUUCAAUAAAUCUGAUGCUAUGCCUCAUUCCGAUUAUGUAAAAGUUUUGAGGGCCCUUGCCUUUGUAUAUCAUGAGGAAUCUAAAAGGCGAAUCUCAUAUUUCGAAUCUGUCGUUCAUUUUUUUGCAAAUUAUUUUUUCUCUCCAACAUUAUGUUUAAUAAGCCAAAAGCCGCAGUCGCUUUUGAAUUCCCCCCACGCCAAAAGCGGGAUACGCCGCUGCUUAAUUGGCAUAGUAUGAGUAGAGAACAUUGAUGGGAAGUCGCGAAAGAGUUUUUCUGUCACCACUGAGCUCAAAUUGCAUGUGAAAUACAUGUAUACCUCCCGUUUCCGCAUCUCACCUUCAGUAUAUGGUACGAACACGGGAUUUGUGUGUCAAUGUCCUUCAACCCCCCCCCCCGAGGUCGUAUGACACUGAAGUCUUUGGCAUGAAAAAAAAUGGUGUGACUAUUUGACUUGAGAGUUGAUUUGUUGCGAUAAACAACAUCUGGUAUGUUCUAGAGGUGGUGUAAAAAUGGGUACUAACUUUUUAAUGAUUGUAAAAUUAUGUUACUGUUAAACAUUGUAUGUAUUGUAUGUAUGCUGUAUAAUGUCUAUGUCCAUCUUGCAGAGGAUUUUCAGCCGAAUUCCAAUGUUUGAAGAAAAUUAUGUGCAGUUGGCAUUUUGCAUUCAACCCUUCAUUAAUGGGUACAUUUCUUCGUAUUACUUUUUCCCUCCGGAAUUAUGGCGCCUUACAAACUACAUAACCGUUCUGAUAUGCAGUGUGGAUCUAUUUUCUGGUUGCAGACUUGCCUUAAGUGGUAAUAUCUCCCCAUAGAAAUGUUAAAAGAAUUCAUGUUCCAAAAUGCAGUUGCGGUUGAAACAAAUGUUACUGACGGAGUUUAUAUCAAAAUAACCCUUGUGCUGUAUACAUGUACAUAUGUUCUGUAGAAACAUAAGUAGGCCUAAUCGUGUAUGCUACCCCAGCAGUUAUCCUAAAAGAACACCAGAAGGUAUCAGAUAAUCCUAAUUUAGUCUUUAAAGUAUCAGAAACGACUUUAUUUUACUUUCACUUUCUGCGGUUACUGUUUUUCCCAUCCGUCAGGUGGAAUACUUCAAGUUAUGAUUCAAACAUAAUGGUACAGUGUAUAGUUAAUCAUAAUACAAAAUGCAUGAAAUUUUUGUCAGUGGACUCGUUUUUUCCUUUUGUUGGAAAAGAAAGAUGGAAGAGGACAGAAAACGAAAGAAUAUAAAAAGUCAAGAAAGUUUAGAACCAAAGUUUAAAAUAAAGGUUUAUAUGGGAAAUCUA